CUUCACCAUUUCCGUCUACUUCCAAAUUUGAUUAUGCCUAUGAACUGCCCUUAAUUGCGACAUGCCCGCCGAGGAAGCUUGCCAUUUGUUGGCGUCAUGUGCCAGAGAGAUCUCCAAGGUCGUUUUCAGGGUCAUCAGACCUUACCAGAAACGAGUGUCCGUGAGCCACAUUCGCGUCGCAGCCGAGAUUGGGACACAGUUACACUUGUUCCAUUCAUAUGUCGAUUCACUUCCCCCCUACUGGAUUGACCAUGAUAUCGAGCAGCUCUGUAAGAGAGUACUUGAGGAACUAGUGACGAUUUGCACCUGGCCGCAGCCUUCCAAAGCAUUACCUGGUGUCCACGUCCAGCAAUGUUUUUUAACGCUCCUUCAUCUUCUUCAAGAAAGCCGCCAACGGAAAAUAGAAGCAUCUAUCAACGAAUUCUUCACCGGACAACAGAACUAUCGCCUCAUAGAAGCCUUCAACGACCUUUGCCUCGAGCUUUACCACAAAUUAGUUAAGAGUGGCGACGACGAUGAUGGUGAUGCUAACUUCCCCCCCGAAGAAUUUGAGAACAACGGUCCCAAAAUUCAACCUACUUUCACGAAAGAAGUCUUCAACGUUCUUCAGCGGCACAUGGAAUGCGAGCCCAGUUUGCACGAAGCAUCUGGAGGGAUUUCGCUGGCCAAACCCCAACGACACCCAGUGAGAUUAAGUCUAUCUGAAGACGCAGAUGAUGUGGCCUCGUUUGAAUUCUUCAUUUCUAAUUGGGACAUGAAGAUAUGGCAACAAAUCCGAUUUGAAAUACACACCUCAAAGCGGCCAGAAAGUCACCAUUUCCACCAGUCCAAGCUACUCCACCCCGGAGCAAUUUGUACCCUUUGGGAGAAGCAGUUCUCUUCAGCCUUUUUGUGGGUCGACUCCAGACUUGGUCUCUAUCAGCUGCGCGGAUCCAACAUACCAUAUCGGACCCAAUUAUCUGGACCGGGACAGCGCUUGUCAUAUGUAUUGCGCAACUAUACACUCACUCCUAAGGACACGGUCAUAUUAGCGUAUGCGAUAGCAAGGGCUUACUGGCAAGCCUACAACUCGGAACUUAUGCGGACCAGGUGGACCAGCGACACAAUCUGGUUUUUGCCCGAGGAACAAAACAGCAGACCGUCAAACGAAUUACCCCUAAGAGCUUACCUGGCUCUCCCAUUUGGAAUUCCCGAUGAUCCGGCACAUGAUACUCUUGAGCAUGAUCUGCUGAACCACAAAUUCCCACGCAUCUUUGCUAUAGGGGUUAUACUGCUACAGAUUGGCCGAGGCGAGCCUUUCUGUACGCCCAAACGAAGCGAUGGGAUCACACAGGCAAAUCAAGACCACUGGAUCGCCAGCCGCGAAUUAAGACGACUACAGGAUACGAAAUGGAAGGGCUUCUCAAGCAAGAAGGUUUUCGAUCGGGCUGUUGAAUACUGCCUAGACAGCGGAAAUUUCGUUUCGCAGUCGAGCCAGCCACAUUGUCCUCCAAUCGAUGCAACGAAUAGCGCAGAUACUCAGAAGGGUCUAAGAAUUAGAAUGAAAGCAUUCUACAGACAUGUUGUCCUUCCCCUGCACUGGAUGGCGAAAAAGGGCUUCGGAAAUUAUACCCAAGAGGUCCAAUACAUCCGCGAGAAAGCAACCAAUACCCCACCCACCGAAGAACCGCAUCUACGUCAGGGGCAACUCCAGGCGUUAUUUCAUAGUGGAAAAUCAGUUACUUCCAGGAAAUGGCUUCAAGAUAUGAAUCUUAUCAGCGCAGAUGUGGAAAGGAAACGGCGUCAGAGGGGGUUGAGAAACCCCAUCCGAGUCGCGAUUAUAGAUACGGGCCUCAACCCGGAUUUGCCGUUCUUCCGUGAGAACGAUAGCAGACGGCAAUCCAUCACUUACAGGAAAGAUUUUGUAGACCCUGGAGCUUCUUCUACAUUGUCAGAUAGUUUUGGCCAUGGUACUCUCAUGGUAAGACUCAUCAUGGAGUGCGCUCCCAUGGCAGAGAUCAUUGUAGCUCGCGUUUCCAGAAGUACAAAGGAUCUCCAAAAGAACAAAAGCAAAAUUUCAGAGGCCAUUCUAUGGGCCGGGCUUGAAUGCCAAGCCGACAUCGUAUCGAUGUCGUUCGGACUAGCCCAGGACGAAAACAGCAUCAGCAGAGCGAUCCAGAAGGUACAGGAGGAUCGCCACAGAGCCGCCAUUUUUCUCUCCAGCGCCGGGAACUCGCCUGGAGAGGAGGAGAGCUUUCUAGCUCGCCAUCCCUCGGUCAUUUCCAUCUUCGCAGCUAAUUGCUAUGGCACCUUCUCUGAAGCAAACGCCAUCCAGCCAAGAGACGGGCCGGUUGUUCUCGGAACCUUCGGCGACGAUCUCCCAAUGAAUAUCCCAGACGAAUUUCGCGAGCAGUACCCUAAGAGCGAAGUCUGUCAGCCGGGAUCAUCUAUCGCCACGGCCGUUGCGGCAGGCAUCAGCGCCACCAUGCUUGCAUACGCCGACGUCCUUGUCGACAUGCAUAGUGACCAGAUUUCCAAACGGGUCUUUCAACGGCUGCGGGAGUCCAAAGGCAUGGAGGCCCUUCUCCACAAGAUGGCGCAGGAGAAACCGCACCGGCGGCGGUUUGUCAACCCGAUUGCGUUUUGGUCGGGCAAGCCAAAUGACUGGUCCAGGUACUCUGCUAUUGCGGAUUGCAUGUGGGAUUAUGACAAAAAGUACCCGUAAUUAACUUCUUGACCGGCUGGGGUGAUUGUAUCGUGGUAACGUCAUGACAUUGUGAAAGUAAUAAGAAGAUCAUGUAUAGAUAUAAUCCAUACUCAAGCCAACGUCGGGACAUACGUAGCAUCGAGAACCAAGCUAAUAAUGUUAAAUACAC